CCAUGUAGCGUCAGUCCCUGCGCGCAGAUCCCGGAUGGAGCGGCCAUUGGGCGGAAGUGAACAGAGGUGCACAAUAACUGCGGGCUAGGAGGAGGAAAAAUAUAUAUAUAUAAACUUUGAAAUAAAUUUACACUCGGCGUAUGACAGCAUUGGAUUAAACCCCAAAACCGCAGACCCUCUGAUACUCUCGGAAACAUCCUCAGGCUGGACUUCUAGUGCACUCGAGAGGACCGGAUCGCCGGAGUCAAGUCGUGGAACUUGGUGAAAAAAGCGCAGUUCAGCCUGCACGGAGCCGAGAGGAACCCACAGGCUUCGGGUUACGCCGAGCACUCUCGCUGCUGCUUCUUUUUUCUUUGCAAGACUAUUGCUGAAUCUAAAGAGGCCCUCUUGAUGAAUUAUGUCUACCAGCAGUAUUGACCCACAGACAUCCAAAGGGCAAGACGCUAAAGUGCAAAAUGGCUCUCUUCAUCAGAAGGAAACGGUCCACGACAAUGACUUUGAACCAUACCUCACUGGCCAGUCUAAUCCGAAUAACAGUUACCAAUCAAUGACCGACCCCUACCUGUCUAGCUACUAUGCCCCCUCGAUUGGGUUCCCGUACCCCCUCAGCGAGGCGCCCUGGUCCACCGGUGGAGAUCCGCCAAUCCCGUACCUCACUCCAUAUGCCCCCCUCAGCAAUGGGGAUCAUCACUUCAUGCAUGACACUGUGUUCGGACAGCCAGGGGGUCUGGGAAGUAGCAUCUAUCCACACCGCUUUAACUUUUUCCCUGAAAACCCAGCAUUUUCUGCCUGGGGUACAAGCGGCUCCCAGGGCCAGCAGACUCCGAGUUCUGCAUACGGGGGCAGUUACAGUUACCCGCCCAGUUCAUUAGGUGGCACCCUGGUACCCGAUGGUCAAACGGGCUUCCCAAGCGACACCCUGAAUAAGGCCCCAGGUAUGAAUAGCUUAGAGCAGGGCAUGGUAGGGUUGAAGAUUGGUGGUGAUGUGACUGGAGGUGGUUCUGGAGUGAAGACGGUGGGCUCGGUGAUUGGUGGAGGGCCGGUGGCGGCAGCUGUGGCCACGGGCAACGGCGGGACUCCAAUCGGGAUGCCGCCUCCCAAACCCACAUCUUGGGCAGCCAUUGCGAGCAAACCGGCCAAGCCCCAGCAACUGAAAGUGAAGAGCAAGCCGGGGAUGCCCUUGGCUGGAGGCACCCUGCCCCCACCACCCAUCAAACACAACAUGGACAUUGGCACCUGGGAUAAUAAGGGGCCUGUGACUAAAGUAGCCUCACCACUGCCGCCCCACCAACAGCAGCAGCCUCCGCUCCACUCCCAGGGUCACCUACCAUCUCACCAUCAUGGGCUCCCUCCCCCACCUCACCCCCCUAUGCCGUCUGCCCAAUCACUUGCUCAGCAGAUGGUGAUGCAGGGUCCGCCCCCUCCACAGCCUUACCAGAACCACACCCCUGCUCCUCCCCUUCAAACCCGGUGGAUCGCCCCACGUAACCGUAACCCUGGUUAUGGUGGGGGUGGCAGCAUGGACAGUAGUGGCUCAUCAAGCGGUGGAGGAGUCGGCAAUGGUGGUGGCGGCGGACCUCCAGGUUCCGGUGCUAUUGAAUCCCACCCGGUCCUUGAAAAGUUGCGUGCGGCACACAGCUACAAUCCCAAGGACUUUGAUUGGAACCUGAAAAAUGGGCGGGUUUUCAUCAUUAAGAGCUACUCUGAGGACGACAUCCACCGCUCCAUCAAGUACUCCAUCUGGUGCAGCACGGAACACGGUAACAAGCGGCUGGAUUCUGCAUUUCGCGGCAUCAACGGCAAGGGUCCUGUCUAUCUGCUGUUCAGUGUCAACGGCAGCGGACACUUCUGCGGCGUGGCAGAGAUGCGCUCACCUGUAGACUACGGCACCAGUGCCGGCGUUUGGGCACAGGACAAAUGGAAGGGCAAAUUUGAUGUGGACUGGCUGUUUGUUAAAGACGUGCCCAACAGCCAGCUCAGGCACAUCCGUCUAGAGAACAAUGACAACAAGCCCGUGACCAACUCCCGUGACACGCAGGAGGUGCCUCUGGAGAAGGCCAAGCAGGUGCUGAAGAUCAUCGCCACCUACAAACACACCACCUCCAUCUUCGAUGACUUCUCACACUACGAGAAACGGCAGGAAGAGGAAGAGGUGGUAAGAAAGGAUGGAUUGGCCAUCAUUGAGCACUGCAAACACAUGUAAUCACCUAGAGCCUGCUCCUCUCCAGAACCGAUCCCGACUUGAUCAAGAACGCCAGAACCGAAAUAAACAAUAGAAGGCUGCCCCCUACAUAUGAUGAGCAGUUGUUUUAGGACUGACCGUUUGAAAAUUACAUUUAAAGAGGACACAAGAUGAAAUUUCAAAAAAAUAAACAAUCAUUAUGUUUUUCUAUUUAAUUCUGGUGACUUCAGCCAGCAUCAGACUCGAGCCUCUGCGCCUCCGGCUUCACCUGUGGGGGCUGAAGUCGAUUAGCACCUCUCAACGUCGCGUCAUCAUUUUUUUUCUGUGUUCUGUUGUUUGGUAUUGUUUUCAUACACCUCCCUCCCCCCUUUGACCAACUGAUAUCUGCACAUGUCUUUUAUUUCAUCCUGUAUUUUUGUUUUUCUUCAGCCCCACUGCUCCACAUCAUGCCCUUCAGAGUUGGUUAAAUGAGUGGGUAGUUAAUUCUGUGUAUGUAUGUAUGCGUGUGUAUCAGGAAUGAUGGUGGAGUGUAUGUUAGUCAUGUGAUAUGGCAGAGGUAAGGGAAUGGGGGGUGGUCAGACUCCGCUUUGGUUGAGUGGGGGGGGGGGGGUGCAUCUCCAGCAUCUCCAGCAUCAGUGACUGUAAUGGGCCAGUUUUAUGUUCUUUAGAUCCAGAGUGGUUUGAAUCCCAUUCGUGGAGAAUCGUGCAACUGCAUAGAAGGGACAAUGACAUGUCUUGACAUGAGAUGAUGUUAAAAAAAAAAACAUUUUUGAAUUAUGUAACACUUGACUUUUUUUUUGUUCAGUGACGAGCCGCUUAUGUUACAGGUUUUGUUCUUUAUUUUCUGUUUUGACUGCUUGGAGCCUUAACAUUUUAAAGCUACGGAAACAGUUUAAUAAUGGCUGUUCUAUACCUCAAUUGAAACAGAGUUAUCAGGGAGACGACAUCCCAUGCAUCCUUAACUACGGGAAGUCAACAUUGUCACUGGCUGGACUAUAAACAAAACAAAAAAAAGCAAAGUAAAAGUUAUGUUUUCAUUGCGGUUCCAAACCUAGUGCUCAGACUCCGUUCACAUACACACUUAAUGUUUAAAGAGCAGAAAUGUAACUUCUUACUGUUCAAACCCCGCCCAGCAGAGGUCACUGUUUCUUUAAGCCAAUCUGAGAGAUGUAGCAAUUCAUUGCUUUUUAUUUGAAAUCACUUUAGAUGCAUCACUUUUUUUUUUCUUUGUCCUUUCUUAACAGAUUUCAUUUUUUUGCUCUUUUCCUCCCCAUGUCCUCAGUAUAUUGCUAAGCUUUAACGUAGGAUCAUAUAAUUAUAACAAUAACGAAGAACGCCUCAAAUGUGUAACCUGAAAAUUAAUGUUACUAAAUUACUGUUAAAAGUAAGAAAAACAAACAAACAAAAAAAAAAGAGUAUAUGGUUUCUGUGCGUGAUUUUUAGGACCUGCUUGCUGUUUUGUGUGUUUGUGUGUGGGAGAGCGAAAUUGAACCAUGCGAGGGUUUCAGAUUUCUAUAGUCAUAUAACAGAAGAUUCAUGAAAAUAUAUGAAAUACUAAAAAUAAAAAAAGUUACAAGACAAACAUUUAAGUCACCCCUGAAAUGAAAUUGCAUUGUAUUGGAAGGUCACUAUCUAUCACACUCUUAGAUUUGAUCAUGCUCAUUAUUAAAAUAAUACUAUAUGGUGUAAUUGCUGUUUGAAGGUGUUCUUUUUGCUGCCUUGUUUUUUUUGGGCAUAUUGUCUGUGUUGUUACUCUACUAAUUGUUUUUACACAGAGGUGCCCAAAACAGAGUUUUGUAUCACUUUUUAACCCACCUGAAAGGUUUUGAUUUUAAGAAAUCACCUUUGAUGAGCACAUAUACAUGCUUAAUUUUCAGA